AGCACUCCUCUCUGAUCACGCCCUAAGAGGGCUAGACAUUGAAAGAUUCAAAGCAUUUGCAAUAGAUGAGAUGUCCAUCUUCGAAAGAUGGCCACAGUCUACGUUGUCGUCCCUCCGAGUAACCGCAUAUACAUGUUAUCUUUUCCAGUGUUUUUUGUUGUUGUUGUUGUUGUUGUUGUUGUUGUUGUUGUUGCGUAGGGGUCGCAAAGUUCACAAAUAUUUUUCUCGCUGCCCUCAGCUAAGAAGUGUCAAUAUAUCUGUGCUCGAUGAAACGGAAAGUUCUUUUACAAAAUAGCCCAAAGAAAAUAUGCUCGCGGAUUGGUUUAAAAUCAUGUUCCUAUUAACAAUUAGAUUACGAGCUCGAGAUUUCUAUGAGCUGAUAGUUGAUGAGGAUCAACUAUCACCUCCUCGAGAUGCGCGCGCAGCCGGCUUAUGUCCUCCAGCCAUGACCUGAUUUCCCAGUUAAGGUCCACGGAGACGGUUAUCUCUCAGUAUUGCCAUAUAGUUUCGCCAUUACACGACUUUUUAGGAGAUAAAACGAGCUAUAUCUCUUAGUAAGUUUGCUUGAUAAAGAAAUUAAGUUCUUACUGUGACGUGUAAAUAAUGAACUCAUUUUGGGCGUGUCAUAGUGUUCGAAAUCCUUGGCAGACAGGUUUCAUCAAAGAAUGCGAAGAGUUUACUUGGCUUUCAUUCUUUUGUUACUGAUCUUUUGCCUCGUUUCUGGAAAAUAUGUAUCCGGAGGUAUCAGCAACGGCCAGAAGUGGGUGCUGGUUUCUGACUUUUCCUUCAUCGAAGAUAUAGGCCAGUUAAAAUAUGAUGUGGAAUAUUCAGUAACGAAUGAAUGUUGUCCAAGCCUCGCUUAUUACUCGCACAACUCUUAUGAAUCUGCUUCCUCUAAUGACGACAUGGAUUGUUCUUCCAAGCUGUCUUAUGCUGAAGAUGUGCUUACAUUCCAAAAUGUACUGCUUAACGUUUCAAGCAACACUGGAAACUUUUCCAUGCAGUGUUCUUCAAGCAACGACACUAAUCUUCGGAAAUGCUCAGGAAAACUUCGGCUCCAAUCGACACGCGAUCGAUGGUGGUUCUUCGUGUUAAGCCAUUGCAGUAGUACGAACGGUUUAGACAUUUCCUACGAGUUAACUUUCACGAACGGAGACUCGUGGGAGAGACACUUACCGGCUGAAGAAAUGCAUAGUCUCGAAUAUAAAGCAGUGCCCCUGGCAGGCAAUAUUUUGCUAUUUGUAGUCGGUUUAAUUUUCGCACGCCAGCUUCUUGACCAAGGUAAGCUCCAUCGGGCGUACAAGCUUUUUAUGAUGACUCUAAGCUGCGAAAUAGCCGCUCAGGUGUUUGACUAUAUUUACUACACACAUUACGUUGGCAAUGGAAUGCCACGUCAUCCUUUACAGACCGGUGCUGAACUGUUUCAUUCCAUAAGCGAAGUUAUCUUUGUUGUUCUACUCAUUCUGUUAGCAAACGGCUGGAUAAUAACCACAGGUCAUUUCGACCGCGAGAAGCAAGUAAGACUCAAGGUUUUCCUUUGGCUCUACAUCUUAACCUACGAAAUUCUAUUCGUUUUCAAAACGUUCUUUGAUUCGGAAGUAUCACACAUCCCGUAUGAAAGCUAUCUAGAUAUUGCUGUUCGUAGUUUGAGAACAUUAGCUUGGGCUUGUUUUAUUUAUGGAACUUCGUUUUCAAUCAAAAGGCAUCCCGAGAAGAGAAAGUUCUACAAUUACUUCCAGCAGUUUUAUUCUGUGUGGUUCCUUUUUCCACCACUUUCUGCCCUAACGUUCUCCACGUUGUUUGACGAAUUGCACCAACUAAAAUAUUUACGACUCGUUCGCCUGCUGAAUCCUUUGAUAUGUUUCCUGGGAUUCGUUGGGCUUCUUUUUAUCAUGCGACCAAGCAAAGUCAAUACCAACUUUCCCUUUCAUAUACGCGGGAACGAAGUGGACGUAGUGGAAACUCAAGAGCCGUCCACUUUUCAACAUGCAGAUGCUUUCAUGGAUCUAGGCAACCAGUAUGCUACUCUGGACAGCGAUCAAACUAAAGUGCAAACUCGAGAAAGGGCUGAUAAAGCUGGUCUUGGCUUUCGUUUCUAAUUAAAUUAAUUGCAAACGCAUGCUUCCUCUUUUUCCGUU